AGAAGAGAUCAGAGCGAGCAAAGUUAAGAGAGCGGGAGCGAGUUGCAGGCAUCGAGGAGAUUUAAACGACAAAAAGAAAGGACAUUUAUCUUCUUUAAACUACUAUUAUUUUACAUCAUCUUUUCUCUCCUGCCUUUCUUCUCUCUUCUCCCCUUCCCCAAAGGGCAUCUUAUUUUAUCGUUUUUGAGGAGGGACUCUUAAGAAAUUGUGUGGCAAAUUGUUGGGGGCGGGGGAGCGGGAAAUAAUUUCCAAAGGAAGCGAUUUUUGUAGCUUUGAAAAGGAAGGAGCUUUGGAAAUCUAUACUUCUGAAUGACUGUAUUGGUAUUAAAGGGCAAAAUAGGGGAAUUGUUCCUGCGGCAGAACUGGAGGGACUGAGACUCUUUUCUUCCAGCUUGUUUCUGCGAAAGAGGCAAGCAGGACGUGUGCUUGUGCUCUGCCCCCGACCUACAGAAGCGUGUGUGCAAGAACGAGUGAAGUUGUACGUCUCUUUUUGUGUUGGUGCUUGCUUGUUCUUGCCCUGGGCACGAGGGGUACCCAGAUCGGCCAGUGCACACUGCUCGAGGCUGCUUGCAGACCCUUUUUCCUCUUUGCCUGCCGCUCUUGAUCCUCUUUUCGUCCCUCCUCCCUGUCGCUGUUGCUAUGGUGUCUGGGCUCUAUAUGCUACUCUGGGCAGUGGCGACGGCGCUGCUGAGCCGGCUGGCGGUGGCGGUGGGGCCGGUGGUGCGAUGCGAUCCGUGUGACACGCGGGCUCUGGAACAGUGCAAGCCCAUGGUGCCAGAAUGCCCGGAGCUGGUGCGCGAGCCGGGCUGCGGGUGUUGCUUAACCUGCGCUUUGCAAGAAGGAGAGCCAUGCGGCGUCUAUACCGAGCGCUGCGGUUCCGGGCUCAGUUGCCGGCCCCGAAGCGAUGAGCCGAAACCUCUGCAGGCGCUGCUCGACGGCAAGGGGCGCUGCAUCAACGUGAGCGGCGACACGGCGGCCGGCAGCAGCAGCAGCUCCUCCACCGCCGGCAGCAGGGUUCGUGACUUCCUCCUGCACGGGACCCACGGACCAGGGAAUUCCAGUGAUUCAGAUGAAGACCAGAAUAUCAGUAGUACAGAAAAUCAGUCUGUUCCCAGCACCAACAGGAUGUUAGAUUCCAAGUCACAUGUCCAUCAGACCAAAAUAGAUGUCAUAAGGAAAGAAUAUGCCAAAAAUACCCAACGCUAUAAGUACGAUUCACAAAGCACAGACACACAGAAUUUCUCUUCUGAAUCUAAACAGGAGACUGAAUAUGGUCCUUGUCGAAGAGAGAUGGAAGACACAUUAAACAAUCUGAAGAUUCUGAAUGUUUUAAGUCCAAGAGGAUUGCAUAUUCCAAACUGUGACAAGAAGGGAUUUUAUAAGAAAAAACAGUGUCGCCCAUCCAGAGGCCGGAAGAGAGGCUAUUGCUGGUGUGUGGAUAAAUAUGGGCAGCCACUCCCUGGCUAUGAUGGGGAAGGGAAAGGAGAAGUCCAUUGUUACAAUUUAGAAAGCAAAUAAGAGGAGGCCACCAUCUUCCAUUAAGUCUGUAUAUGGCAUCUUUACCAGCCAGAGGCCUUGGAGUGACUGGGCUACAGCAUGGAAUGCAUUGGACUUGGGAAUUCUGAGUUUUGGCCCCUAUCUAUAUUGGGGAAAGUCAAUAGCUCUGGAUUCUGCAGCUGCAUCCUGCCACUGAUUCACUUUUUGCUUUCCAUAGAUUUAUAUAGGGAGCUCUGAAAUCCCAGAUAAAUCUGCACUAUUGAUCCCCAGAAUGAAUAAGAAAAGAGAAAAAAGGCACUUCAGAAUGGAUUCAGGGAGCAUCCACUCACUUUGGUUUUUGUUUUUUAAAUAAUGGCCUGUGACCAAUUUGAUCCCGAAAGAUAACCAUGCUUUUAUUUUGAAGAAUUUGUAGACUGUAAUUAUUGUGAAGAUAUAGGUAUGACACAACCCAAGCUAGGCACUUUUAAGUUACAUUGGCUAUCCAUAUGUUUAAACAUCUUCUAUUGAAAUAAAAGUAACUUAAGUUGCAAUCUUUAAGCUUAAGAAAGAGUCCCAUUAAAUUCAGUGGGAAUUUAUAAUUGAUAAAUGUGUAGGAUUGUUCUAUUAAUAGUGCUUAUCUUGGGCUGAAUCAAACUCAAGGUUUUAAACUAAGCUGUUUUGUUUUUAUACAGGUCUUACAAGAACUUUAUUUCACGGGUAAAACAUGUUUUAUUAAAAGAAAAAGCUCAAAGAACUUUUAAAAGACACAUGUUUCUACUUGGUUAUUUUUCCUGUAAAAAUAUACUGUAUUAUGACUAUUCUGUUAGUCUGUAUUUAAUAUAAUUUUUUAAUAAACUAUUUAAAUGUAACAUCAACAUCAAAUGUUACCCAAUCAUUAUAGUGUAUGCUUCCAAAUUGUCUUUCCCAGAGACUUACCAAGUUCAAUGCAUGUUAAACAGGCAAUGUAAAAGUGGAGUAUCCACUGUGUGUGGAUCAAUCAAUAUUUACAAAAUUCUAGAUACAGAAAAAAGGAGUACUUUUCACUAGUUAAAGUGCAAUGCUCAUUAAAUUUUAACUAGCGUUACUCAUGAAUCAUUGUCCAAUACUGAGUAACAGAAUAACAGACUAACAAGAGUUGGAAGAGAUCUUGGAGGUCUCCUCAAGCAGAAAACCCUAUACCAUUCCAAACAAAUGGCUGUCUAGUCUCUUUCUAAAAGCCUCCAGUGAUGGAGCACCUACAACUUCUGAAGGCAAGCUGUUGUACUGGUUGCCGUAUUUUUCGGAGUAUAAGACGCACUUCUCCCCCCUAAAAGGGGGUGAAAAUUUGGGUGCGUCUUAUACACUGAAUGUAGCCCCGCCCACCUGCCCACCCCCACCCUUUGACCUCUGCCUCCCAGCAGUUUACCUCUAACAGCAAACAGCCUCUUUCAGCUUCAGCACACCCUGAUUAACACAAGCAGCUGAUUGUCAGUUGGAUUGGCCUCCCAACCCUAAGCUGUUUCAGGCUGCAGGGAUUGCCAUUGCCUAUUGCAGCACGGGCCUCUGCUGUUUACUGCAAAGAGACAAAUUGCUUGGAGACAGAUUUUUUUUUCUUGUACUAAUCAGACUGUGCUGAAAAUGAAAGGCUGUUCACUGUUUGCUGCAAGGAGGCAAAUUGCUGGGAGGCAGAGGCAGAUUUUUUUUUCUUGUUUUCCUCCCCAAAAAUGGUAAAUGCGUCUUAUAGUCCGGAGCAUUCUUAUACUCUGAAAAAUACAGUAAUAGUUCUCUCUCUCAGGAAAUUUCUCCCUGGUUCUAGGUUGCUUCUCUCCUUGAUUAGUUUCCAUCCAUUGUUUCUUGUCCUGCCCUCUGGUGCUUUGGAAAAUAAAUUGACCCUCUUCUCUUUGUGGCCACCUCUCAAAUAUUGAAACACUGCUAACACUGCAAGAAAUUAUAUUUCUUGACACUAGUCUGAAUUAGUUUCCAAAUAUUGAUUAAAUCAAUUGAGUAACCAUCAGGCAAAAUUAGAAAUAGUAGAUGAGAUAAGGAUUUGAUUAUAACAAAUACUUACCAAAUACCUUACUCGACUCUUAGAGUUUAGGACAUGAAAAAUGCAUUUCAAAGUGACAUCUACAAAAGCUUAUGCUAUAAUAAAUUUGUCAAUUUUUAAGGUGCCAUGA